GACGUUGCUAAUGUGCACAGGUGUCGGUUGCUGAGGUGGCAGGGCAGAGCAUUCUCACUGUGAGAACUUUGUUCGUUUUUGACGACGACCGAAGCAUGAAAGACAAAGUCGACGAAGACAUUUUUGUAAGAAAAGAUCUGGACACUUGCCAAAGUAGGCUGCUGGAAUAAUUAUUUGCGCGCUACGCUAAAUGCGAACGCGAGGCUUUAUCACUCUCACGCCAACUGCUGCUGACUCCGGAUAAUGUCACAUUGCCCACUGUAAACUCGCUACCCUUAGUCUUCGCUCUGGCGGUUCAAGGUAGUGCGAAAUUGCUCACAUAUAACGGGGAGACAAUACAUUAAGACAGGAAACAGCGGCUGUGGGUCAAACAGAAGACGCAUGUUGAGCUAUGGAGAUGUAUACUUCGAGGAAACUUUGCAUCUUGCUUUCGUUCACAUUUUUCUUGUUUUUUACAGGUGUGUUGGCCCAGAUCCAGAUGCCGCAGAGGACCAUGGAAGUGAUCGAGGGUCAGAAAGUGGUGCUGCAGGCCUGGUACAGCCCCAGCUCCAUCACUGGCAAGAACACCGUUCUCUGGAACUUUGUGGCCAAUAACACCCAACUGAUCAUCUCGUACACCCCAGACUCGAUCAGUUUUGGCAGCCCCCAGUUCGGGGAGCGUGUGGGCUUCACGGCCACCAUGCCCUCGGCCAACCUGUCCCUGUACAUCAACAACACGCAGGAGUCGGACUCAGGACGCUACCUCUGCCAGGUCAUCAUCCCCGGGGCCCAGGGCCUGACUGGAGAACUUAGCCUCAACGUCAAUGUCCCUCCUGCUGUCCCAGAGUGCUCUCUGUCAGGGAAGCCAGUUCUGAAGGGUAACGUCACACUGAGCUGCAAGUCCAAGUCAGGAAAGCCCAUCCCAAUGUAUAAGUGGAAGAAGACCAGCCCCCCGUCUGAGGUCUUCUUCUCACCCAUGCUCAAUGAAAAAACGGGCACGCUGAAGCUGAGCAACUUGAGCAGCAGCAUGUCGGGGAAGUACGUUUGUACGGCCAGCAACACAGCUGGCAAUGACAGCUGCUACAUCAACCUGGAGGUCAUUACCUCAACUAACGCAGGGAUGAUUGCUGGAGCCACGGUGGGCUCUGUGUUGGUCUUCAUAUUCAUCAUCCUCUUCCUCAUCUACCUUCUGAGGCGAAAGAGAGACUAUGAAGAGGACCGGGCCAACGACAUCAAGGAGGACGCUCAGGCGCCCAAGCGCAUCUCGUGGGCCAAGAGCGCCGGCUCAGGAUCGGACGUGGUCUCCAAGAACGGCACACUCUCCUCCAUCACCACCACUGCCAACAGGCCCCACCAGAGGGAGCCCUCGUCCCACCACCAGCACCACCACAACCACCACCUCCAGCAUUAUCCCCAACGCCCUCCCUCUGACACAGCCUCCAUCAUCACAGCCACAGGCAGUGUCUCUGGCUACCGUGCUGGACCACGCCAUGGAUCCUCCACCAAAGGCCACGCCGUGCCGGACUACGGCUACAACGUGGCUACACCCCUGCCCCGAGGUCAACCGGCUAAUUCUGCAGCAUCCAGUGCCAACGGUAGCCCCAUGCCAAGAACCAAGCACCCACAGUCCUAUACCCAGCCCCAGGCAGCACCUGCUUCCCCACGCCCACCACCUCUGCCCACCAUUGUGACUGCGUCCAACAUCUCCCGCAUGGGAGGUGUGCCCAUCAUGGUGCCAGCUCAGAACCAGGCUGGUUCGCUGGUGUAACACCAGUCUGCUAUGGUGCAUUGUACCUUUACCCUUCAACGCUGUACUUACUCACAUAGAUUUUCAAAAGGAAAAUAUUCAACUGCCACUAAGAUAUGUCUAACUCGAGCAUUAAAGCUUGAAUUGGCCUUCGAGAAGCUGGGGCAUUUGACCCGGUCAAAAUGCAGUGAGAUCAUUAGUAAGACCUUAAAAGAGAUGGACUAUGUUGCUACAUAAGGCAGUUUUAUUUAAUUAAGUAUAUGGAAGUACUUUUUUUUUUUUUUUUACACUUUUUAUACUCAGUUUGUAUGCGAAGGAUGCAUAGAUCUGGAUUUCAUACAUUUGUGCAGUAUCUUUUUUUAAAUUAUUAUUGUACUAUCAAUCAAUGUAUUUUUUACAAAGUUUUCCAAUGCAACUUUUUUCGAGAUUGUAUUUACUCGAUCUACCAUGUCCUAUGAAGGCCAUUCUAUGACAUCACUUUAAAAACGGGGACAAGAUGUCAUGAUACCCACUGGUCAAUGCGUGUGUGUUGCCUGUGUAUUACAGCAAGAACAGUCAAUGUGUGGAUCCCACUGAUGUUUUACUUUAUGCAUUUCGUGCAGAUUUUAUCGAUAUGACAACUGUAGAUUAGGACCAAAUAUAUAUGUUUAAUUGUCACAUAAACGGAUAGGUGCAGUGAAAUGUGUUUUACAGGGUCAGCAAUAGUAGUACGGCACCCCUGGAGCAAAUUAGGGUAAUGUGCCUUGCUCAAGGGCACAUUGACAUAUUUUCACCUUGUUGGCUGGGGUAUUCGAACGCUCUAAGCGCUAGGCUACCUGCCACCCUGUGCUUCAAACCAAAUUAGCAUAUAUUAUUAUUUUUAUUCUCAAAUAUGGUGGACUUACUGCUGAAUACCUGUCUAGCCACAUGCAAUUAAGAAAGAAGAAAAAAGACUGGGCAUACUAGAAUGACAUUUUCUGCAACAUUUUCUAAAUCCUAGGUAACCGUUACCUUUUCAUGUACCUUGUAUAAAACUUCAUGCCGACGCUCUUUAAACACAGCGCUUAAAACAUUACUAUUUUACCGCAUAGGAAUAGCUUAUAGUAUAAAAUACAAUUUGACACAUUUUGUCAAUUACAUUUGAAUUUAUCGACGAAGAUAUAUAACCACUAUGGUUCCACCAUUGAGUUGUAAUGAUUUUUGGUUGCUCUCCACAAGGAAAUUGUAAAUAAGAUAUUUACUAUUUUUCUUUCAAUUGUACUUGAGGCUAUUCGUUGAAUCGUAUGUGACGGACUGGAUACAAAACCAAAGAGGUUUCAACUUGUAACAUCCCAAACUGAUGACCAAUAUAUUCAUGGAUAUAGACCCAAAAGGUGUCACAUAAUAUGAGUCUAAGAUGAAGCACUUGUGUUUCAUACGAGGCAUAAACGAUACAAGGCAAAAAACAAUUACAAAGUGAUUUUGGGUAUGUCACUGAUCAAACUACCCUUGAGUCAAUCUGGACUUCUUUGAAAGCAUUUACUUUGGCAAAACUCUACUGUCCAAUUUUUACCCUUAGUCUUGAUUGCUCUAUUCAGACAUGUCUGUGUGUAGCAAGGUAAUGGUGUUCUGCUAGGUUAUGAACAAGAUACUUGUAGCACAUCCAAGAAACAAAGCGUGGCACACAAGACUACCCAUUACAUAUGAAGUGGAGGUUUGUGUCACUUUAAAUCUGAGGACUGGUUCAUAUUAAUGGCUGGAGUUGAAUAGAACAGCUUAAAUGAAGCAUAUGGUUUUCCUUCUAAGCCUAUCCUCAACUUCUAUAUCACUGGAGAAUAGCUAUUGCCAGUACACUGGAGCAGAGAGACACUGUUGGAGCUAGGAACACAAGCAUUUCCCUACACCUGCAAUAACAUCUGAUAAACAUGUGUAUGCGACCAAUAAAAUGUUAUUUGAUUUGAUGUAAGAAAUGUAUGCGCACAGAAAAAGAAAAAAAAAUAUGCGCAUAGACAAUUUUUGCUGUGUGGGAGACUAGCUCAGACUCAAAAUAACAUAGUUUGUGACAUGCUUAUAUGUGUAGUGGUAUUCAAUGGCAAAUGCUUUUGCUGUUUUAAAGAUGGAAAAAUAUGAAACAAUAUUCAAGACUGGCCUUUUGUGAUAGUGUAAUGUAUAUGCAUUAUGUAACACAGGGAUAGAAUUUCCAAAACAGGAACACAAAAUGAUAACAUUGAAUAUCACGGAACAUCUAAUAAAUACUAGUAAUCGAUUAGUUCUAACUGAUAAUGUAAGAAGACACACUGAUGGCUGCUGUGCUAAUGUAUGUAUUUAUGCUCAAACAUAGACCACUAUGUCGAGUGUUUAAGUUUCUUCAACUUGUAUGUAUAUGGAAAAUACUCUAUCAAUAUUUUUAAUAAAAAGAUGAAUGGUUGUAAA